GAAAUCCAAAAUAGGAGAGCCUUAUCUCCUCGAGCGUUAAUCGAUAGGCUGGGAAAGAGCCACACACGCUCACACCCCCAUCUCCCCGAAGCCCACCACCAAAUUUCUAGCUUCAUUGCCUUCAGAACCAUAUGUUUUCAUAAACAUCCUCAUCCACUGGCGCCUCUUCAAACUCUCCAUUCAUUUCAAGUCGCAUGCGUCAAGAGAUUGAAUUCUGGGGUUUCGAAGCAAUUUUGUUUGAUGGGUUUGUUUAGAGCCAUUGAUUGAUUAAGUAGGACGAGAUUUUAGUUGUGAGUAUGCAAGGAACAGGAACAAUGGCGUCUGUGGCUUCCUUGUUCAACUUAUCUGGUGUUGGAGUGAUUGGAUCAUCAGAAAAGCCUCGCUCUCAGUUUCGUGGAGUGUGUUUAUCGAGGAGAGGGUUUAAAGGAAGCAAUAAAUGGUAUUAUGUUCCAUUUCCUCUCUGUAAAUAUUCAGCUACAACAACAACUGAUUUCAUUGCCGAUCAAGGCAAUGCCAUCUCUGUUGAUUCUAAUAGUUCUUAUAUUAGAAGUAAAGAUAAUGAUGGCACAGAUUUUCUUCUUAAGCCAGCCCCUAAACCAGUGUUGAAAGCUGCAGAAUCUAAGCCUCCCCUUGUAGGUUUGAAUAAAGUAGCUUGGGAAUCUCCGAAAAGUAAUGGCGAUUCGAACGGUAGCCGAAAAUUGUUGGAUAAUGAAGAGGAAAGGAGUAAGGUGAUUGAGUCUCUUGGGGAGGUAUUGGAAAAGGCUGAAAAGUUGGAGACUCCGAAGUUGGGUGUGAAUAAACCAGGAAGAGGUGUAGAUAAGCCAACGACAUCAGGGUCGAGCUCUAGUUCGAAUUCGAAAUCAAAUCGCUCGAGAAGUGUUUGGCGUAAGGGGGAUGCAGUUGCACCAGUGCAGAAGGUUGUAGCGGAACCGUCUAAGGCUAGUGGUAAAGUUGAAGCUAAACCGGGGGGAGCUAGUACGGUAGAGCCUCAAUCACAAGCUGGUUUUCGAACUCCUCAACCACUUGUGAAACCACAAUCAAGGUUACAAGCAAAGCCUUUGGCUGCGCCUCGGCCUGUGUUAAAGAAACCAAUUCUGAAGGAUGUCGGGGCAGCGACUGUGACAGCAAAUGAUGAAAGUAAUGCAGCGGCGAAGACAAAAGAGAGAAAGCCGAUUCUGAUUGACAAAUAUGCUUCGAAGAAACCUGUAGCUAAACCGUUUGACUCUGAAGCCGUCAUGGCCCCGAAAAAACCUGGAAAAGCCCCCUCUCCUGGAAAGUUCAAGGACGAGUACCGUAAGAAGAAUGUUGCAUCGGGAGGUCCAAGAAGGAGAAUGGUUGAUGAUGUGGAAAUCCCGGACGAUGUUUCCAUUCCUAGUGUGACUACAGCACGAAAAGGAAGGAAAUGGAGCAAGGCAAGCCGUAAGGCUGCUAGAAUCCAGGCUUCUAAAGAUGCAGCUCCGGUGAAAGUCGAAAUUCUAGAAGUUGAAGAAAGUGGUAUGUUACUUGAGGAAUUGGCCUUCAACUUGGCUAUCAGUGAAGGCGAAAUUCUCGGGUAUUUAUAUUCAAAGGGGAUUAAGCCUGAUGGUGUGCAAACUUUAGACAAAGAUAUCGUGAAGAUGAUUUGCAAAGAGUACGAUGUGGAGACCAUAGAUGUUGAUCCGGUUAAAGUUGAAGAAUUGGCUAAAAAGAAGGAUAUUUUUGAUGAAGAAGAUCUCGAUAAACUUCAAAGCAGGCCUCCAGUCAUCACCAUUAUGGGACAUGUCGACCAUGGCAAGACGACACUUUUGGACUACAUCCGCAGGAGCAAGGUAGCUGCAUCGGAAGCUGGUGGUAUUACUCAAGGAAUUGGUGCUUAUAAGGUGAUGGUACCACUAGAUGGCAAGUUGCAGCCUUGUGUGUUCCUUGACACUCCAGGUCACGAGGCGUUUGGAGCCAUGAGAGCUCGUGGUGCUCGGGUGACAGACAUUGCCAUCAUUGUGGUGGCUGCUGACGAUGGAAUCCGGCCUCAGACAAAUGAGGCUAUAGCUCAUGCCAGAGCAGCUGGAGUGCCAAUAGUGAUUGCGAUAAAUAAGAUCGACAAAGAUGGAGCUAAUGCAGACAGAGUGAUGCAGGAGCUUUCCUCUAUCGGUUUAAUGCCAGAAGACUGGGGCGGUGACGUCCCUAUGGUGCAGAUUAGUGCUCUUAAAGGGCAGAAUGUGGAUGACCUGUUGGAAACAGUAAUGCUUCUUGCUGAGUUGCAAGAACUGAAGGCUAAUCCUGAUAGAAGUGCGAAGGGGACAGUUAUCGAGGCAGGUCUUGACAAAGCAAAAGGACCGUUCGCUACGUUUAUUGUACAGAAUGGAACCCUUAAACGGGGUGACGUUUUAGUAUGCGGGGAGGCCUUCGGGAAGGUUCGAGCUUUAUUUGAUGAUGGCGGAAAACGGGUCGACGAAGCUGGACCUUCCUUACCAGUGCAGGUCAUUGGGUUAAAUAUUGUGCCAAUUGCUGGUGAUGAAUUCGAGGUUGUCGAUUCCCUCGAUACAGCUCGUGAGAAGGCCGAGUUACGCGCUGAGGCCUUGUGGUCUCAACGAAUAUCAGACAAGGCUGGAGAUGGGAAGGUUACCCUUUCUUCUUUAGCUUCGGCAGUUUCAUCGGGAAAGCGAUCCGGGUUAGACUUGCACCAACUGAACAUAAUCUUGAAGGUCGACGUUCAGGGAUCGAUCGAGGCUAUUAGACAAGCCCUUCAGGUGCUCCCGCAAGAUAACGUCUCCUUGAAGUUUCUUUUGCAAGCAACUGGGGAUGUGACCUCCAGUGAUAUUGAUCUUGCAGUUGCAAGCAAAGCCAUAAUUCUAGGAUUUAAUGUUAAAGCACCAGGUUCUGUUAAGAGUUAUGCAGAAAAUAAAGCUGUUGAGAUCAGGCUCUAUAGAGUCAUUUACGAGCUUAUCGAUGAUGUACGGAACGCAAUGGAAGGACUUCUAGAUCCUGUUGAGGAACAAAUACCAAUGGGGUCAGCAGAAGUCCGUGCAGUAUUCAGUAGUGGCAGUGGUCUUGUUGCUGGAUGCAUGGUAGUGGAUGGAAAGCUGGCUAAGGGCUGUGGCAUCCGGGUUCUGCGAAAGGGUAAAACGGUAUAUAAUGGCCAACUUGAUUCGCUGCGACGAGUUAAAGAAAUCGUGAAAGAGGUGAAUGCUGGCCUAGAGUGUGGCGUUGGGAUGGAGGAGUACAAUGAUUGGGAGGUGGGCGAUGUAAUAGAGGCCUACUACACCGUUCAGAAGAAGCGGACGCUUGAGGAGGCCUCAGCUUCAAUGGAAGCUGCACUGGAGGAAGCUGGAAUUGGCAUGUAGACAAAGAAACCCAGUAACUUGUCAGGCCAGCCUAGGCCAUACUUACCUUUAUGAUCAGAUGGCUAUGCCUUCUGCAAUGCUUUGGCCAUUUUUUGUCCAGUCAAUGUUCGACGAUACCAAAGACGAGGACGUGUGUCGUUGCUUUGUGAUUCACUUGAGGAGCAAGGUGACGUCGAGAAGCUGAAGGCUUUGUGUUGCUGUAAAUAUUCAAUACAUGUAUUAGAUCUCCGAUUCUUAUUGGUAAGAGGAAAACUGUUAUUAUUUGGUUCUCAAUGCUCGAGCGUUCAAUGCGAUGUAAACAGCAAACUGUGAACACAGCAUGAAAAUGGAAGAAAUGUCAACAAAUUUUCAAUGAUGUUCAAAUUUUGCAUCA